AUGGCAAACGAAGAUGCGCGAUACCGACUUUCGACACAGUAUCGACUGUGGUCGUUCUCCCCGGCCAAACUAGCGGAAUUGCGAGACCAGACUAAUUCUCUGGCGAAGACCAAUAUUACUAGUCGCCUUUUGGAAACGAAACGCGUGGACCUCGAUGCGGCCGAGUCGAUGCCAGAGUUCUUGACACCUCCUGAAGAGACACAACUGCUCACGUUCUUCACCGUGGAGUUGAUUCGCGCUGCGGACUUCUGUGGACUCCCAACAGAGGUUAGAGCGACUGCGACCGUUUUCCUCCGUCGAUUCUACGUCACCAACUCCAUCAUGACGUAUCCACCUCAGGAUAUCCUCAAGACCUGUCUGUUCUUCGGUAGCAAGGCUGAGGGAUUGUACACCCGCCUGGCUAAGCUGGCUGAUAAGUUUCCCAACACAACUGAGGAGGAGAUUCUCGCAGGAGAGUUCUUGCUGUGUCAAGGAGUUCGGUUUGCCUUCGACGUUAGGCACCCAUUCCGCGCGUUGGAAGGAGCGAUUCUGGAACUUCGGCGUCAUGCCGACCUCGAGAAAAGUCGAAUCGAUGCCGCUCACUUUCGUGCCCGCGCUUUCCUCAAGUUUAGCUCUCUCGUCACAGACGCGUACUUUCACUACACUCCGAGCCAGAUCAUGCUUGCCGCACUUUCUUUAGCUGAUCGAGGUCUGGCCGAGAAACUCGUCCAAAGCGCCUUUGGACCCGCUCAAAACGGCACCUCGAACGAAGGCGAGACAGACCUCGCUCGACACGACAUACGGGAUAAGGUUAUGGGAACCAUCGAGGCGUGUAGAGAGCUGCUAGCGACCGAGCCGCCCGAGAGAUUGGACGAGUAUUGGGGAACUGUCGAGGCGACGAAGGUGAUUAAACCUCUGAUUCGAAAGCUGAAAAGGUGCAGAGACCCCGACCGCGCAGAUCUUGUGGCCCUGCAAAAGGCUCGACGAGAGUUGGCUUCGCAGAAAGAGACGCGGAUACCGAAAGGUGAAGGUGACGGGUCUGUGUUCGGCGGUAAUGGUGGAGGACUUGGCGGAAACGAGGCGCGGGAUGCCAAGCGACGAAAGGUUACGGAAGGCGACGACGUAUUUGGCCCAGCAUUGGGUUAA